GUCGCUGUUUCUGGGGCGGAACCUUUGUCGGGAUUUCCGGUUUCCGGGGGCGGGAUUCGCCUGUCGGAGCUGUUCCAGUGGUAUGCUGAUCAUCAGGCGAACAAGAUGAUUAUGAUACAUGAGCUCGAGCUCUUUCCAGGAUGCACUGUGACACUUCUGUUGUUUAAAGAUGUUAAAAAUGCUGCUGAACUUCGAAAGAAAGCUAUGGAAGGAACCAUAGAUGGAGCAUUGAUAAAUGCAUCCAUGAUAGUUGAUCCAUUUCAGAUACUUCUGGCUGUCAACAAAGCUGUUCAUUUACACAAACUGGCCAAAAUGAAGACAAGAGGCCUUUAUUCUGAAAUCAUAUUUAAUCUCUCUCCAACAAAUAAUAUUUCAGAUGCAUUCAGAAAAUUUGGAAUUUCAGAUAGUGACUCGGCUGUUCUCAUUGUUCUGGUGGAUGAUGGAGAGAAAAAAUCUGAUUUGGAAGGUGUUAUAAGGCAAGUGGACGGGCAACAAAUUCAUGUCCAGGAUCUCUCAACAAUGGCAGAUAUGACCAAAAUUAAAAAGAUUUACAAAGUGUCUCCUCCUGAGGAAAAAGUUGGCAAUUUGUUGGAUGCCAUUGUUUGUCGGAUGGCAAUAAAAGAUAUUCUUUGACAGAAGAAACCCUGUUACUUUAAAUUAAUUCUUCAACUAUGUUUCUUCUGAAGUGAAACAAAAGAGCAGCAGUGUAUGAGCUGCGAGCAUUGCCUCCAAUUUUAUCUACAAUUGAACCAGAAAUCAAGGUCCUCUUCUUCAUUAACCACUGCAAUCCAUCCAGAACGCCCACCAGUGUGGUCUCAAGGUCGACUGUAUGAUUAAAUAAUAAAUGCUGACUUUGGAAGCCAUUGCCUAUGCUAGAAUAAAGAUCUUGGAAAUGUC